CACCAUUCCUCGCGGGCAAGGUUCCAAGCCCUUCUACCCAGUUACAAAAGGAACAACAUUUCCCCCACCAACAUUUGUUUCCUCCCUCACCAUCUUAAUAUCUCUCUCCACCGCUCCCUCUCUCCCUCUCCCUACCCGGCGAACAUCCUUGGUCUUUACAUUUUUCUCCCACCACCAGUUAAACUUAAGUCGGACUUAUCCCCAGUAAGAUUUGCUCUUCUCUGUUACUACAUUUCUUUCCUUUCUUUUUCCUUCUUCCUCUUUUUUUUUUUACUCUGUGUACAUGUGCUUCUCGGGCGGAUAUUAUUCGUAUCCUCCCUCCAACGGGGACCGAAAAGCAUCCGAGAAUUCGUGAGCAGGAAAGUCCACAAGUGCUUGUGCUAACAUUGCUGUUCGACAAUUUCUAUUAUAUUAUAUUCAGUUCUAGUUCUAUAUCGAACAGUCAGUCAGUCAAAAUGGGCGCCCUCGAUGUCCUUUCCAGAAAGUCCGGCGUUAUCGUCGGCAACGACGUUUUGAAUGUGAGCCCCGAACCCCGCGCUCUGCCGCAUCAAUAUUUUUCCGUUUCCGAAGAAUGGUGGUUCGGCCUCAGCGAUUAAUCGUUACAAAAUCCUGACGCUUUUUCCCCCCAAACAAACAGCUUUUUAAAUACGCCAAGGAACAAAAGUUUGCUAUUCCUGCUAUUGUAAGUUCUACGGAUUCAUUACGCAUUCUUGACAAUUGUCCAACUAAUAGCAUUGCAGAAUGUUACUUCUUCCUCAACGGUUGUUGCUGCUCUCGAAGCAGCUAGGGACGCAAAGUCUCCUUUGAUUUUGCAAAUGUCCCAGGGAGGUGCUGCCUAUUUCGCUGGAAAGGUAUUUUCUUCCUAUAAUUCUCCUCGCUCCCUACUAAUGGCUCGGAUGUAAAGGGUGUCUCGAAUACCGACCAGUUCGCAUCCAUCACUGGCGCAAUUUCUGGCGCCAAUUAUAUCCGUUCGAUUGCCCCUGCCUACGGUAUUCCGGUCGUCCUUCACACCGACCACUGCGCCAAGAAGCUCUUGCCCUGGCUAGAUGGAAUGCUCGAUUAUGAUGAGAAGUACUUUGCUGAGCACGGAGAGCCUCUCUUCUCCUCCCACAUGAUUGACUUGUCUGAGGAGGACAAGGAAUCGAACAUUGCUACUACCAAGAAGUACCUGCAGCGUGCUGCUCCCAUGAAGCAGUGGCUCGAGAUGGUAUACUCCUCAACGCAAUUAGGGCCCUGUUAAAGUGCUCACGCGUUUGUAGGAAAUUGGUAUCACCGGAGGUGAAGAGGACGGCGUUGACAAUACGGGUGUCGACAACAGCGCCCUCUACACCCAACCCGAAGAUAUCUAUGAGGUCUACGAAGCUCUUUCCUCCGUUUCUCCCUACUUUUCUAUCGCCGCGGCUUUCGGAAAUGUCCACGGUGUGUACAAGCCCGGAAACGUUAAAUUGCACCCUGAGCUCCUCGGAAAACAUCAAGCCUAUGCCAAAGAGAAGAUCAACUGCGAGGAGGACAAGCCCCUCUUCCUAGUCUUCCACGGAGGGUCUGGUAGCAGCAAGGAGGAGUUCACGACUGGCAUCUCACAUGGUGUCGUUAAGGUUAACUUGGACACUGAUCUCCAGUAAGCUUUUCCCCAGAUACCCCCUCCCCUCCCUCUUUCCAUUUAGUAGAUCUGUACUAAAAAUUACUAUCUAGAUAUGCCUAUCUAACCGGUAUUCGUGAUUUUGUUCUCAACAAGAAGGACUUUAUCAUGUCUCAGGUUGGAAACCCCGAGGGUGAAGACAAGCCAAACAAGAAGUACUUUGAGUAAGCCAUACAUUUCUCUCAUAAAAAGAGCACAGCUAAUCACACUUGGAUAGCCCCCGUGUCUGGGUCCGCGAGGGUGAAAAGACCAUGAGCGCCCGUGUCAAGGAAGCUCUCUCCGAUUUCAACACUGCCAACCAGUUGUAAGGAACAUGUCGGCAUUGAGGUCAUCCUCAGACCAGAAAUAGAUAAAAACGAAGCUAUGGCCCUCCUUGCAGUUGUUAGUUCCUUUUUCGCCAAAUAUUAGCAGAGGGUUUCUAUAGCGAUUAGGGGAUCAAUACAAUAUUGGGGUGACAAUAUCAAUUGUUCUAAUCUGGCGA